UGCUUGGGUUUGUUCUCGAGGACCUGGAUCGGGCAGAAUGAGUGGAAUAUAGAUUGACUUAUUUUACUAACUACCUAGCCUUUUCUAUUAGCUGAAUCUUUUUUUGUUGAUCAGUUAAUCCCAAUUCAAAUAAAAAUAUGACAGCUAAUUCGACAAACGCGUUAAACUAUCUCAUUUUUUCUCAAAAUGGAGUCGGGAAUGGACAAACACACUACGACCAGGGACUCGGUGUGCCUGAGGUCGCAAUGGGCUCCACUGUAGAAUCUCUUCAUUCGCCUAAGGAUCCCUUCAUAAAACGCCCGACGAAUCUCGGAGUGAAUGGAUAUGUUGCGAAAAGCCUUCCGACGAGCAGCGACGAAGGCUCUCUGCCAUGCACCCCGGCGCAGCACCCAGACAGUGAAAAAGACGCGACGGCCGUAGGUGCGAGCAACCAAGUGCUGGAUAACGACACAACGGAGCUUAUUAGCAGUUUUCUGAGAGACUUUACGGGACUUUCAAAGUGUCGGUGGGGUCAAAAUAAAGCUCUAUCUACGAUGAAAAGGGUGGUGGAGGACCUUUUGUCGAAGCACAAGUAUGCAUACAAUGGUAUGGUCAAUAGGCUUGCUCUGGAUAACGAGCCGGACGACAUGGAGUUUGUUACGAAAAUAGCAGAGAGUCUCUUUUCAGACGGGAUCACCAACUGGGGUCGGAUCGCCAGCCUGGUGACGUUCGGGGCUGCGGUGUGUCAGCGCCUGAAGGAGAGGGGCAGAGAGCACUGCGUGGAGCUGGUGAGCCGGAAAAUAUCCACGUAUCUCCUGGCAAACCAGCGGGACUGGCUAGCAAAAAACAACUCAUGGGAGGGCUUUGUGGAGUUCUUUAGAGUAUCGGACCCGGAGUCUACAGUGAGGAACACGCUGAUGGCUGUUGUGGGGGUCGCUGGUAUUGGGGCCACCUUAGCCUUUCUUAUCAGGUGAAUUUGCUGGACUCUGAGAACUUAAAGGACUCUCCUGUCACCAAUUUCUGUUUUGGAUUCUGAAAUGGAAGUUUAAGUGUGUGAAUAUCUUUCAUCAUUUGUGGCUUAAUGGGUUUUUUUUUUUCUAAACACAUUUUUGCCACAUAUGUAUUUUAUUUUUUUUGCUGUUGUCUUUUUGUAAAGUAAUAUUUAAAUACAAAUAAAUUUAUUUUUUUAAUGAAAAUAUAUUGUAUGUAAGAUGAUUAUGCUACUGUUUAGCUAAUUUUUAAUUUAAAUUUUUUUUGGGGGGUGGGGGUGGGCCAAUCUGUUUACAACUAGAAUUACUUGUGAUUUUGUUAAACAUUUUUAAUGAAACCACAGGCCAAACCAAUAGAAACUAGAAACAUAACAUUUUGCAGGUAUGACACCCAUUCCUUGAAAACUUUGGUGAACAUUUGGACUUUUGUCUGGAUAUUUCACAAACGUUGGGGGGUAGAGGGAUUGAUUUGCACAUAGUAUGUCAUUGUUCAAAUUGCUCUGUUGAGAGGCACCAAUGGCUACAUUCAGAUUUAAGCUAGAAGCAUAUGUACAGAACAAUAAAAUAAAUUAAACUAAUUGUUUGACCUUU